AUGAAGGUCUCCACCAUCAUCGCCACCGUCGUUGGCCUCGCCAGUGCCUCGGUCAGCAAGCGCCAGGGUACCGGCCGCCUCACAUUCCAGAACUCUGACAGCCCAGGCGUUGGUGCUUGCGGCAGCGCCCUCUCCGGCGACGCUGUCGCCGUCUCCGAGUGCCUGUGGACCGCUGCCAACCCAAAUGCCGACCCACUGUGCGGCCGCAAGAUCAACAUGGUCUCGAACGGUGUCACCGUCCAGGGCACCAUUCUUGACAAGCAGCCAGGCUCUUGCGCACCAGGCAAUGCCGAAGUCCUUCCUAACGCCUUCGUCAAGUUCGGCUACUCGCUCGACCAGGGCGUCGCCGAGGUCAGCUGGGGCUUUGCCUAA